AUGCAUACAUUUUUCAUUUCCUCUUUUUUCUUUCCAGAAUUUUUGUUAUUCUUCCUGUUUUUCUUUUCUUUCUUCCUUCCUUUUUAUAUGACUUUCUCUUUUCUUCUUUUCUGCUUUUUUUCUAUCACUCUUCUUGUAAGGUUCACUUUAUUUCUGAUAUUCUUUUUCUUUAUUCAUCUUCUCUUUUUCCAUUUAUGCUCUUUUCUUUCUUUUAUUGAUUUUUCCUUCUUUUUUUCACUCCUUUCUCCUUCUUUUAAUUUUCUCUCUCCUUUAUCUCUCUAUUUUCCUUGCUCUUUUCUCUUUCUUUUUAUUUUUCUUUUCCCUUUUUCUUUCCUUUUUCCUUUUCCUUUUAUCUCUCUUUCUCUUCUCAUUUCUCAUUUUUUUCCUUUUCUCUUUCUUUUCCUUUUUUCAUUUUUCUCUUUACUUUUCCUUUCUUUAUCCUUUUUCUUUGCUUUUGUCUUUCCUAUUUUCUUUUUCUUUUCUCCAUCCUUUUCACUUCUUUUUAUCUCUCCUUUUCUUUUCUGUCUCCUUUUUCUUUCCUUUUCCUUUUUUCUUUUCCUUUCUCUUUUCUCUCUUCUUUUCCUUUCUCUUUUCUGUUUUCACUCUCCCUUUUUUUCUCCUUUCUUUUUUUCUUGCUCUCUUUUUCCAUCUUUUUCAUUUUUUCUUAUAACUUUUUCCAUCUUUUUUCUUUUCAUUUUUUUCCUCUAUCCUUUUUAUUUUUCCCUCUUUCUUUCACUUCAUUUUGCAUUUCAUUUUUCUCUAUUUUUUCUCUUCAAAUUUCUUUUAAAUUUUUUUUCAUUUUGUCUGCUCAGUUAA